UUGCUUUUUGCUUUUUUUUUUCCCCGUUUUAUUUUUGGGGAAUACGGAGCAAGUAAGGUAAGUCAUCCUCACCCGACUCGUUUGACCCUUCCUUUCAGCCUCCUCUGCUGUUAUUGAAUUCUAAAAUUUUAAUCAACCAUAAUAAUUAUAAGUUCGGCGCCACAAGGGAAGAAGGCUUACAUGAAUUAGUGUUUAGUUGAUCGUAUUAAUGAUGCUCAUUGGAUCUUUUGUUUCAGCCUCCUCUGCUCUUAUCAAAUUCCGAAAGGUUAAUCAACCAUAGUAAUUAUAAGUUAGGCGCCGCGAGAGUAGAAGACUAUGACAUGAAAUACUGAUGUUUGUUUGAUCGUAGUGAUGAUGCUCUUAUUUAAGUUUGACUAAUUACAUACAGUCAAGAGCAGACGGAAGGAAAGAGAGUUGAAUGAGUGAAUCAGAAGCAUCUUAGACUUUUGGAGACACCACAAGGCGGGGAAAUAGCAAAUCAUCAAGUUGAUCAAGGAAUGCAGACCACUUGUUACAAGAAAUAAUAAUUUUUUGUCAUCUCAGUUUGACGGGUGCUCUAUGUUCUGCCAUAUCUCUUUAUACGCCCCUUGAGUCCAUAAUCAGGUCAGGAAAUAUGUGGUUCCUAAACCUAGGCGUGGAGUCUGCAGGAACCUUCAGCUGGGCUAUCUCCAGUUCAAGCAUAUUUGUGCUUGUUGCUCUUGUUCUCUCCAUGUAUCUGAUUUUCGAGCAUUUAUCUGCCUAUAAUCAGCCGGAGGAGCAGAAGUUUUUGAUUGGCCUCAUUUUAAUGGUUCCUGUUUAUGCACUGGAAUCGUUUUUAUCACUACUUGAUUCUAGUGCGGCAUUCAACUGUGAAAUUAUCCGAGAUUGCUAUGAGGCUUUUGCAUUAUAUUGCUUUGAGAGAUACUUGAUAGCUUGCUUAGGUGGUGAGGACAAGACAAUUCAGUUCAUGGAAAGCAUGAGUAUAACGGAUUACAAGAGUAUAACGGAUUACAACUCUCCUCUUCUAAAAGAAGCAUAUGCAUACGGAGUUGUAGAGCAUCCCUUUCCUUUAAACUGCCUCUUAAGAGAUUGGUAUCUUGGUCCCGACUUCUAUAAUGCUGUGAAAAUUGGCAUUGUGCAAUAUAUGAUACUAAAAAUGAUAUGCGCAUUGCUGGCAAUGAUCCUCCAGUCUUUCGGGGUGUAUGGAGAGGGCAAGUUUGAAUGGAAGUAUGGGUAUCCCUACCUGGCAGUUGUUCUUAAUUUUAGCCAGACAUGGGCCUUGUACUGCCUUGUACAGUUCUAUUCUGUUACUAAAGAUAAAUUGGAGCCAAUUAAACCGCUGGCUAAGUUCCUAACUUUCAAGUCAAUUGUCUUUCUGACAUGGUGGCAAGGAGUGGCAGUCGCAUUUCUUGUUUCAGUUGGAGCAUUUAAAGGUUCGUUGGCGCAGGUGUUGAAAACACGUAUACAAGACUACAUUAUCUGUAUAGAGAUGGGCAUAGCUGCUGUUGUGCACCUUUAUGUGUUCCCUGCAGUACCUUACAAAAGGGGGGAGAGGUGUGUCCGUAAUGUAGCGGUGAUGGAUGACUACGCAUCGCUAGGGGCAUUACCUGAUCCCGAGGAGGUUCAAGACUCUGAACGUACAACCAAAAUGCGGCUGGGACGACAUGAUGAGAGAGAGAGAAUGAAAUUUACUCACAGUGUUCGUGACGUGGUUGUUGGAAGUGGUGAAAUUAUUGUUGACGACAUGAAAUACACAGUUUCACAUGUGGUAGAACCAGUUGAAAGGGGUAUUGCGAGGAUAAACAGAACAUUCCAUGAGAUAUCAGAGAACGUGAAACGGCAUGAGGAGAGGAGGAGGAGUACUAAGGAUGACAGCCAUCUCGUACCGUUGCGGUCGUGGAGAACAGAAUUUCCUGAGCUUCAAGAUAUUCUUGUGGAAGGGAGUAUCAGUGACAGUGGCUUGCCCGGCGGAAAGAGGCGGCCCCCCCAAUCCCGAGCCUCAACAUCGAGGACGUGAAUUUGGUAUUUCCAGUUAAAAUUAGAAGACAUGGUCAAAUGGAUUUUGACAUGAUUUUUUUGACUACGUCCACAGGUAAUUUGAUGAUUUUCCCCCUUCCGCUAAACGGUUCCUUAAUUAGCAUUAAGAACUUUUGGGCCGUCUCAUGUACAUAGCCUUUUUUUGUAAAUUUAUUUUUUGUGAAAGUAAUGAACAGGUGGGAAAGAAAAUGAAUACGCAUACAGUAACGUUUAUGUCUUUGGAUAGAUAAAAAUAUAAUCAAUAUAUAAAUCAUAAAGAGUUAAGCUGUUUUUAAGUCA